CGGAUUUUGGAGCCCGACCCGCCCGGGCGCGGUGGCGCCAGCCCAGGCGCUGACUGAGGAAGUCUGGAAGGAGGGGGCAGGAAGGAGAGCGGGAGUCAGUGGCGCCCCCUCCUUUCCGCGCUGCGAGCGCCCAGACGACAGCGAGAUGACGGCCGGGAGCCCUGGAGACUGCGGGGAGGCGCGAAGGAGCCCCGAGGGCCGCGUCUCCCGCCUGGGCCGCCGCCUGGGCCGCCGCCGGCGUCCGCGCUCUCCGCCCGAGCCUCUGCGGGUGCGGGCGCGGCUGCGGCUGCGCUCGCCGUCGGGGGCGUUCGCUGCGCUGGGGGCGCUCGUGGUACUGGUGGGCAUGGGCAUUGCAGUGGCCGGCUACUGGCCGCACCGCGCCGGAGCCCCAGCGCCCCGGGCUGCCAAUGCCAGCUCGCCACCCGUCAGCGAGCUGCGACGCGAGGGUCGCGGUGCGGGCCGGGGCCAUGGCCCACACGAGCGCCUGCGGCUGCUGGGGCCGGUGAUUAUGGGCGUCGGCCUGUUCGUGUUCAUCUGCGCCAACACGCUUCUGUAUGAGAACCGAGACCUAGAGACGCGACGGCUCCGCCAGGGGGUGCUGCGGGCCCAGGCUCUGCGGCCCCCCGACGGCCCCGGCUGGGACUGCGCCCUUUUUCCCAGCCCGGGGCCCAGGACUCCCCGAGCCACAGGCUGCACAGAGCCCGAAAGCUGGGACCUGUCCCCGCGUCGGGGCACCUCACCUGUCCCGUCGGUGCGGAGUCUGCGUUCAGAGCCUGCUAAUCCUCGCCUGGGAUUACCUGCCCUGCUCAACAGCUAUCCACUGAAGGGCCCAGGGCUGGCCCCACCCUGGGGCGCACGGACCCAGACUGGUCACGUGAUCAUCACAGUUCAGCCCUCUGGCUCCUACAUUGAACAUUCCAAGUCUCUGGACCUGGGUCUUGGGGAGCUUCUCUUGGGGGCCCCAGCGGCUCGGGACUGCGCUCACCGCAGCUGGCCACGACUGGACCGCCUCAGUCUGGGCGGGUAUGCCAAACUCGGGGGAAGGGGGGACUUGGGGGCCCGGGUCUGAGGAUCAAAAGGGGAACCUAAGAGGCUACACCAUGGACCAUGGAAACAGGAGCAGAGCACCAAAAGUCCUAAUGUCUGCUCGCUGCUCCGGUCACAUCCCUGGGAGAGGCCGGCUGCACUAGUGCUCCAUGGAGUGUGGAGAUUGACGUGAAUUGGUCUCAGGAGUUUCUUCAGCCUCCAUAUGUGCCUUAGCCCUGGACAGGCACCCGAGGGGGCUGGAGGCCCGGGCCAAGGUGAGCAGAGGGUGAACGUGGUGUUGGCAAACCCAAAGUGGUGGGCAACGACCUCUUUAUACUUGGAAGGUAGGUUGGGAUAUUUCAGGCUGGGACAGGCUCCGUCCAAGGUGGCACUGGUGGUGGCGCACGGCCCUCUGAGAAGAUGGGUGUGGGCCUUGAGUUGAGCCCCUCCUCUGCCAUCUGGGAUGGGGACACAGCCUUGAGCUCCCACUGCCUCACAUCCUUCCUCCCUCCUGUGGGACACAUCCCCUUAGGGCUAACUACUGCCAGCACCUUCGCAAUGAGUCUGGCCCCCUCCCCAGACAGGUCUGAGGAGUCCCCUUUCCUGUCCUUCAUCAUGGCCUGGGCUGCAGAAUCUACCCCCAGCUCUGAGAGGUCCCUUUCUACCACAGUGAAGCUGCGUUUUUGGCCAGUGUGGGUAGCUUACUUGAGAAAAUAGUUGUCUAGGUUUCUCCCACCCAGGUUUAAUUUUCCCCAAGUUGCUGGUAGAGGAGAAAUUUAAAAGUGAAUCAGUCCUCACAGACUCAGUCUUUUUUUUUUUUUUUUUUUAAGUUUAUUGCAAAAUGCAGUACAAGAAGCCAAGACCAAAUGCAUAUCUAAACACUACAACCACUUUCUUACUAUGGAAGGCCCAAACAGCAGACCUAAUUAUUGCCUAUUUAAUCUAAAGAUUUUUCCAAUUUGAUUCUGCUGCUAUAGUUCCUAUUUUGUCAAGAGAUGUAAACAACUACUUUGUGUGAUUCAUAAUUUUUAAAAAAAAUUUACAAAGCUCCUUCAUUUCUGUCACCAAAAUAAUACAUUUGAGAGAUUUGUAAAAAGAGCAGCCUGGGGCCGAGAUCCUGGGCAGAGAUUUCUUGUGAGCACCAAGGGGCUGUAGCUCCAGCUCUUUCCCAAGGCGAUGGUGGGCUCUUCACCCCAGCUGCUCCUCGUCCCCCAGAAUACAGUGGUGGGUGGCCUGGGGGAAGCGCAGUGAAGGUACCUGGCGGGUCCCUGCAGUUGGGCUCCUGGAGCCCUUGGCUUACGAAUGUAGGUCUUACUCUGUGGGUGGGUGGCAAAGAUCUCACAUGGUUUGAAGGAAAUUUUUAUUUCUAAAGUAAAAAUAAAAUUGCAGUGAGAGUUGUUACUGUGGUGUGUCUGAGUCAUUUAAGGAAAAUUGUGGCCAAGUCCCUGACCCUGGAAGUGUAACUGUCCUCCCCACCUUCACCAAUUCUACCUGGACAGAGUCUUUUUCUUCACACACACACACACACACACACACACACACACACACACACACACCUGCAGAAAGAAAAAAAAAAA